CACAACUUACAACUUGCAGCCUACAAACACGCCCAGGCACUUGACGCAGCCUUGGGACCUCCGCACCGUUCCUAAUCCACCAAGCAUGCAAUGAAUAUUGGCUACGGGUCUAUCAUAGGCCCGGAAGAUGCGCGCCCCUUUGGAGCCCCACUACAGCUUCACGAUACCCUCGAUACACGAUGAUACCACGCUUGACUGCCGCAUAUACCACCCAGAUGUCUUUGACGAGCCCUUAAAAGAUCCUCUAGGGAGGCCGCAAUGGAGGGUACGCGGUAUCGUCAUGGCGCAUCCCUAUGCUCCAAUGGGCGGGAGCUACGAUGACCGCGUCGUAGGCAUUGUUGUGGAUGAGCUUCUGAAGGCUGGGUACAUAGUCGGAACCUUCAACUUUCGAGGUGCUCAUGGCUCCAAACACAAAAGCCGAACCUCUUGGUCUGGAAGACCGGAGCUUGACGAUUAUACCUCCUUCGCUGCAAGCUUCUUGCAAUACAUGAGCCUCAUACGACCGUUCCCUACGUCGGAUACAAUCUUUACGCCAGAUCAGUCGCCGGUACGCCCACCAACGCGACAGGCAAGCGACUCUUUGCCUGGUCAAGUGCCCCUGGUCAUCCUUGGUGGUUACUCUUACGGCUCUCUCAUCUUGAAGCACCUUCCGCCCGUGCCGACGAUCCUACAACGCUUCACUAACCCCUUGGCUGGCUCUGCGGCUGACGAGGUUCUGCUGAGGGCGCACAAGCUAGCAGAUCAGAGCAAUCUAGAAUGGAUCAACUUGGCUCGAGACGCUGAGCGAGAGAAGAGCAGGAGAAAGCAUGAGUACAAGACGUCUCUGACAAUCGGCGGAGAGGAGACAAGUCCUGAUAAGAGAAGGAGCAGCCGGGAGGCAAAGGGAAGCGUCGACGUACGGCGCAGUUUGGAUAUAGGACACCGUCUUAGAAGCCUCAGCCAUCGAGGUCGGAAGCAUGGAAACUCGACUACAUUACUCGAGCAUAACGAGGUGAAUCUUGCCAUUCCUGAAGUCCGCUACCUCCUCAUCUCACCUUUGACACCCCCUAUAUCUACGCUUGCGGCACCUGCGCUAGGUCAGAAGCUGUGGAGCCGUUCAACAGAUGCAAAUUUAACAAGCAUCGGGAAGUUUGUUUCGCUGGCAGUCUAUGGCAACCAAGAUAUCUUUGCAUCUGCCAAGAAGAUUCGAGAUUGGUGUGACCAUCUGAAGGCCGACCAUGGGCCAACAUUCUCAAGUGUUGAGAUUGCAGGCGCCGGACACUUCUGGGUCGAGCAGGGUGUGGAGAAGCAGCUGCGAGCUGCGUUGAGAGAGUGGGUAGUUGAGGCACCUGUAAAAGGUGCUGCGAUGACUACGACACAAGAUGUUUCCUAGGACUUCCCCUUCGUAUUUCGCCCUCACACCCAGAUACAUUCGAUACAACUAC